UGUGAACGGUCGUGCUACGGUUAGAUAAGUUAACAAAAAUUCGAAAAAUUUAAAAAUCGAAUAGAGUUUUGAGAAGAUAAAUAUUGUGCCUCAAAUACGUGUUAACCGUAUUUCAAACUAAAAGAAAGUGUAUGUAACCCACCGGGUUAAAAAGUGAGAUUAAUUAGUUACUGUUGAUAUCAAAUCAGUCUUUGCCAAUAAAAUCAAUAAAACUGACUGCAAAGCAUUGUUAAAAACCAGUUUUGGAAUACGGGAUCCCUUCUAAAGGUUGGAUUUUCGGCACUUCGACUAUGGCAAAUACCCACUCAGAAAAACUUUAUAUGCAACUAAGUGCAUCGGAAUUAGCGGCAAUUAUUAUGAAAGAUUCACCCAAUUCCAACGACCGUGAUGCUGGUUUUUGUUCCGCAAGUUCAGAAAGCGAAGGCGGAGACGACCUGGUCGUCGAGCACGCACGCAGUGGCACUCCCGACAUCGGACCAAAAGGAACAGACGACUCGUUGGACUCCAAACCAAUAGCCCUGAUCCGAAACAAACGCAAAAGUACGGAACCAUCAAAGGUCGUUGGGUUAACGACUCCCACAUCUAGCUUCAUGUCCGGUCCUUCCGCCAAUGCAUGCAUGAACGCGACAGGUCCGCUUAAAAAACGCAUACGAUACACCUCUUCAGCCGAUUCAGCGGUAGUUCUUACACCUCCGGCCAUAGACUCUCCACCGCCUAAUAAUUGUUUGCCUUCUACGUUGACCUUGGAACAGGAAAUAAUGCCGAACCCUGCUCACGUAUUUAUUCGCCAUCCAGGAGUUACUACUCUUCACCGACCCUUUCCUGCCCAUCCUGAACAGCUAGAGCCACUCGAAUUAGUGACCAAGAAGAAGAAGUGCGUUGAAAACGCAGUGCCAAAAACGGAGGAUUAUUCAACCAUGCUGAAUAGAAAAAACCAAGCUCAUAAAAAGGUGUUGCAGAAAAAGACGCCAAAAGUGUCGAAUUCACCUAUAUUGCUGGACACCAGCCUCAGUGAUGAGGACCUAUCCAAGGAUAUGUCGAGACCUCACCAGCAUCAACGCAAUUACAAAAAUAUGACAAGGGAGCGCCGCAUCGAGGCAAAUGCACGUGAGCGGACUCGUGUUCACACCAUAUCCGCCGCCUACGAAACGCUACGCCAAUCCGUUCCAGCUUAUGCGAGCAACCAAAAGCUCUCCAAACUCUCAGUGCUGCGGGUGGCCUGUUCCUAUAUACUGACGUUGAGCAGGAUGGCUGGAGAGGACUACAGCGCUGAUCAAUCGAAGCCGUCCAUUGGCGAGUGCUUGGAAGCCGUAACACAAACGAUUCAAACUGAAGGAAAGGUGAAGCGGAAGAAAGACGAGUGAUCUAGCCUGAUAAGCUCGAUAAUGGCACGUUUAAGACUUAAUGCGACUGAUUACUGCUACUGCUAUAAUACUCAAGUAUGCUUGAGCUUAGACUUAUCCUGCAUUCAGCAUUCCUACCCAAACACACUGAGCCUUAAGCAUAGUUGAGAUCACAAGUGGUCAAAUAGCUUUAAAAGUUUUCAAGGCUUUGUUUAGUUAUACAAAUACAGUUAAGUCUUCAUAAGUGGGGAAGUCAAUAAGGCAUGAAACAAACUAUAUAAUAUUUUUACAAUCAAACACCAGCGAUGUGAUCCUAUUUUAAAAUCGCUUUUUACUGAAACGUGUUAAGAAGUACAAAGAGUUAACACUAACAAAUUAAAAAAGACAAUAUUGUUAUCUUAAACCUUAAAUGGCAAUAAUAUAACAUUUUUAUAUAUACCAAAAAACGUUUUUUAAAGAUUUUUGUUUUAAACAAGAUUCUUUUUUCAUUAAUCAUACACCUAUGUAAGCAAACUUUGCCAAAAUGAUUUAGUUUUUGUAAACUGGUUUGAUAAUUGAGGAUUGACAAAUAACACAUUUAUAUUUUUAGGUAUAACUUUAAAUUAAGAACCCUCUGAAAUAAAAUACUUAUUUUCUCAGUUUAUGAUAAUUUAAUGUUGUUAACAGAUUAUGUAUUUUAUACAAAGGCUAGUUGUAACCAAAUCAAAUUAUCUUAUUAUCUGCAUGCUAUGGUUAAGAGGGUUCAGUCUACUUAAAAAACUAAAUUAAAAGCCUUAAAUAUUUCUGCUUGUGUCAAUGACUAAGUCUUUUAUUCUCAAAUUGUAAUCUCAUUGUUUUAUAUAAAUGGAUAUAUGUUUAAGCAUACGCGUAAGUGCCAUAGAAAAAGAAUAUAUA